AUGCCAAGGUGUCUUGACGUGCUCCUCUAUGGGCCAGGUUCCAUCGGAGCAUUUUAUGCUUUUAUCCUUCAUAGGUCGCCGAGGGUCCGUCUAUUUGUUGUUGCACGCUCUGGCUACGAAGCAAUCAAGUUGAAUGGAAUUACUGUCAAGAGCGACUCCCAUGGAGAACAUAUUUUUCGGCCAGUGCAAGUGUUCAGACAGCCGUCCGAUGCAAAGCGUGUCUUUGACUAUGUUGUAUGCACUAACAAGGCUAUCGAAUCGGAGCGAGUGGCUCGCGACCUUGCACCCGUGGUGGACGUGGGAAGGACCACAUUUGCGCUGAUGCAAAAUGGCAUCGGGAUUGAAGAGCCUUUUAGAAAAGCGUAUCCCACUUGUCCAAUUCUUAGUGGCGUGGUAUGGGUAGGAGGCGCUCAACUGUCUCCGGGCGUUGUCCACCACUAUCCACCCGAAAACACGGAGAUUGGCCUCUUCGAAAGCCAGGACAUCAACGCGACCGUGCAACAAGAAAGCCUCGAUCAAUUUGUAUCAUGUUUCCGCGAGGGAGGAACUCCAGUACAGGUUCUCCCUAACAUUCAGACCGCUCGCUGGAAGAAGACAAUCUGGAACAUGGCUUGGAACUCUAUCACAACUCUCACAUCUUGGAACACAGCAUCAUGGCUCUCAUCAUCCACUUUUGCUGUUCCGCUGACGAGAACGUUGAUGGCAGAGGGAAUCAGCGUGGCAAAGGCAUUACGAAUUCCCGAGGUAGAUGAUGACUUACUUGAUGAAUUUUUAACGAAGAUCAAUCAGUUGGGGCCUAUCUACAGUAGCAUGUACUACGAUAGCAAAUUUGGAAGACCAAUGGAAGUGGAAGCGAUAUUUGGGACUGCGGUCCGAAAAGGGCGUGAGCUGGGUGUCUCAACUCCAACCUUGGGAUUAGUUUACGGGCUUUUGCUCGCCAUUGAUGCCAGAAUGACGUUGGAUCGCAACAAAGGGGAGGAAGCAUGA